UGCUUCUUGUGUUUGAUGGGACAUAGCGUACAUUAUUGUUAUAACUUCGUAAUAACAAUUUAUUACAAAAAUGGAUCUUAUGGAACAAGGAACAAAUCCGAAUGCUGGUCAGAUGAUCAAGGACGAACUGGCGGGAAAAUGCCAAAAAUUAUUCCAGGCUUUUUUGGAAGAGUUUCAGAAUAGCGAUGGAGAAGUGAAGUACCUGCGGGACGCAGAGGAGUUGAUCCGGCCGGAAAGGAACACACUCGUGGUCAGUUUUACCGACCUGGAGGGCUUUAAUCAAGAACUGGCAACCGCCAUCCAGGAAGAGUUCUACAGACUUUACCCCUUCCUGUGCCGUGCUGUGCGUAAUUUUGCUCGGGAUCAUGGAGAAGUUCCAACCUCAAAGGAAUUCUAUGUUGCCUUCCAGGAUCUACCAACCAGACACAAGAUCCGUGAGUUGACCGUGGUGAAGGUUGGCUCACUUGUGCGCAUCAGUGGUCAGGUUGUCCGUACUCACCCGGUUCACCCUGAGCUGGUGAGCGGGACCUUCCUGUGCUUGGACUGUCAGGGAGUGAUAAAGGACGUGGAGCAGCAGUUUAAAUACACUCAGCCAAGCAUAUGCCGCAACCCUGUGUGCAACAACCGUAGACGAUUUCUCCUGGAUACAAACAAAUCCAAAUUCAUUGACUUCCAGAAGGUGCGUAUCCAGGAGACACAGGCUGAGCUGCCACGGGGCUCCAUUCCUCGUAGUAUGGAGGUGAUUCUGCGGGCCGAGGCUGUGGAGUCGGCACAGGCCGGUGAUAAAUGUGACUUCAUUGGCUCCCUCAUCGUUGUGCCAGAUGUAUCCCAGCUGUCCACACCAGGUGUGCGUGCUGAGAGCAGCUCUCGUACAGCUGGGGUGCAAGGUUACGAGAAUGAGGGUCUCCGUGGGCUUAAAGCGCUGGGUGUCAGAGAACUUUCCUACAAACUUGCUUUCUUGGCAUGCCAUGUAGCCCCCACCAAUCCCAGAUUUGGCGGUAAGGAGAUCCGGGAUGAGGAGCAGUCAGCGGAGAGUAUCAAGAAACAGAUGACGGUACAGGAGUGGGAGAAGGUGUUUGAGAUGAGUCAAGAUAAAAACCUCUACCACAACCUCUGCACCAGCCUCUUCCCUACCAUUCACGGUAAUGAUGAGGUAAAGCGAGGGAUUCUGCUCAUGUUGUUUGGAGGCGUUCCUAAAACCACCAUGGAGGGCACAUCUCUGAGAGGAGACAUCAACGUCUGCGUCGUUGGAGAUCCCAGCACAGCCAAGAGCCAGUUCCUUAAGCAUGUAGAGGAGUUCAGUCCCCGUGCGGUCUACACCAGCGGUAAAGCCUCCAGCGCGGCCGGUCUCACAGCUGCUGUGGUGAGAGACGAGGAAUCACACGAGUUUGUCAUUGAAGCCGGAGCACUCAUGUUGGCUGACAAUGGUGUUUGCUGCAUUGAUGAGUUUGAUAAGAUGGAAAUGAGAGACCAAGUAGCCAUCCAUGAGGCUAUGGAGCAACAGACCAUCUCCAUCACCAAAGCAGGGGUCAAGGCCACUCUGAAUGCUCGCACAUCCAUCUUGGCUGCAGCAAACCCAGUGAGCGGACGUUAUGACCGCUCCAAAUCUCUCAAACAGAACAUCAACCUGACGGCACCCAUCAUGUCACGUUUUGAUCUCUUCUUCAUCUUGGUAGACGACUGCAAUGAGGUCACUGAUUAUGCCAUUGCCAGACGUAUAGUGGAUCUCCACUCCAGAAUUGAGAACUCUGUCGAACGUGUCUACAGCCUAGAUGAGAUUCGCAGAUACCUGCUGUUUGCUCGCCAGUUCAAACCAAAGAUCUCAAAGGAGUCUGAGGAAUUCAUUGUGGAGCAGUACAAGCGUCUGAGACAGCGGGACGGCUCCGGAGUCACUAAAUCAGCUUGGAGGAUUACAGUACGGCAGCUGGAAAGCUUGAUUCGUCUUUCGGAGAGCAUGGCAAGGAUGCACUGUUGUGAUGAGGUUCAGCCAAAGCAUGUCAAAGAGGCUUUCAGGCUGCUGAACAAGUCUAUUAUUCGGGUCGAGACUCCUGAUAUUAAUCUGGACCAGGAGGAAGAGGAGGCCAUGGAGGAGGAAGAAGAUGACAAUCAGAUGAAUGGCCAUGAUGCACCUAACGGUGUGAAUGGAGAUGUUAAUGGAGAAGUGAAUGGUCACGAGCAUACAAAUGGUAUUAACGGUCACGGGGUCAACGGUGAAAGCGCCAAACCCUCGCUGCGACUGUCAUUUGCAGAGUAUAAACGCAUUUCUAACCUUUUGGUGCUACAUCUGCGUCGCGCUGAGGAAGCCGAGGACGAGACUGCGCUUAAGAAGAGUGAAGUAGUGAACUGGUAUCUGAAGGAAAUCGAAUCAGAGAUCGAUUCAGAAAUGGAACUCAUCAAUAAGAAGGCAAUGAUAGAGAAAAUUAUCUACAGACUGGUUCACUAUGAUUAUAUUUUGAUUGAGCUGACACAGUCUGGGCUGAAAGGAUCAGCUGAGUCCAGUGGAACAGAAUCCCAGGAGAAAGAUGUUACGCUGGUGGUCAACCCCAACUACACAUUUGAUGACUAAACAUUUUGACCUUGACAUUUUCUGCUGUAUUAACUCAAAGUAAGGGAUGUUAUUUGAGAUGGCAUUCAGAAAGUGGUGGUGUGCCUCUUCAGUCCCUUCUCUUUUUGUACAUUUUUAGCUUUUUCCCCACAAUGUUUUUCCAUUGCUUCGUAAGGAUGGUUAUAAC